AUGAGGAAAUACGGCUGGAACACUUUCAGGGAUUUAAUAUUCAGAAAUCCUGCAGUGGUCAACCAGGAUCCACAUGUGGAUGAUGGGGAUGAGAACACAGAACGAGGGAACUGGGCCAGCAAGAGAGAAUACAUCCUCUCUACUAUCGGCUAUGCUGUUGGACUGGGAAAUAUCUGGAGAUUUCCAUAUUUGGCCUACAAGAAUGGAGGGGGUGCCUUCCUCAUCCCCUACUUUGUGAUGUUGGUGGUCGCUGGAAUCCCUCUCUUCUUACUGGAGAGUGCCCUUGGUCAAUUCUGCAGCCAAGGUCCCAUCAACACAUGGAGAGCGGUGCCUCUACUGCAGGGUGUUGGCGUUGCAAUGGUCAUGGUGACUCUAAUAGUAUCAAUUUACUAUAACGUCAUCCUCACCUACAGCCUGUACUACAUGUUCGCCUCCUUCCAGUCUCCUUUGCCGUGGUCCAGCUGCUUCAGUUGGGCGGACAGUAACUGCAGCAGCACACCUACAGUGGCCAACUGGACUCAGGAAAACAUCACUUGUCCUUCAACUGACGUGAUCACGGUUCCAGUGCAGAGUCCAAGUGAACAGUACUGGGAUCGUGUGGCUCUGCAGAGAUCCAGUGGGCUGGAUGAAACAGGACCAAUAGUCUGGCAUUUGGCCCUUUGUCUGCUGCUGAGCUCCAUCCUUGUUGCUGCAGCGCUUUUUAAAGGCAUCAAGUCUUCUGGAAAAGUUGUGUACUUCACAGCCACAUUUCCAUAUGUGGUGAUUUUCAUCCUGCUGAUCAGAGGUGUUACACUAGAGGGAGCUAGAGAUGGCAUAGAGUUCUACAUUGGGUCCCAAUCUAAUCUGACUAAACUCUAUGAAGCACAGAUCUGGAAAGAUGCAGCAACUCAGAUCUUCUACUCUCUCUCCAUUGGCUGGGGUGGAGUCAUGACUCUUGCUUCCUAUAAUAGCUUCCACAACAACGUGGUCAAGGAUGCAUUUGUAGUAACACUCACAAAUGCAGGCACCAGUGUGUUGGCAGGCUUUGCCAUAUUUUCAAUUUUGGGUCACAUGGCUCACAUCUACAAAAUGCCUGUUGGACAGGUUGUGAAAGAAGGGUUUGGCUUGGCAUUCAUUGCAUAUCCAGAUGCUUUGUCUAAGCUUCCCAUAUCCCCGCUGUGGUCCAUUCUGUUCUUCUUCAUGCUCCUGACUGUAGGUCUGGACUCCCAGUUUGCAGGAAUAGAGGUGAUCACCACCUGCCUGUUAGACGCCUUCCCAAAACUCUUCAAACACAAACACGCCUUACUGACGGUAACGACAUGUACCAUCCUCUAUCUCCUUGGCCUACCAUGUGUCACACAGGCAGGAAUAUACUGGGUGACACUAAUCGACCAGUUUGUCGCCAGCUGGGUGCUGCUUAUUUUGGCCCUCUUGGAGAUCAUUGGUGUUUGCUACAUAUAUGGAGGGAACCGUUUUAUUAAAGACAUUGAGAUGAUGCUUGGAAAAAAGAGUUUCCUUUUCUGGUUGUGGUGGAGAGCAUGUUGGUUUUUCAUCAGUCCCUGCAUCAUAGUGCUGAUCCUGGUGUGGUCUCUGAUGACAUUUACACCACCCUCCUAUGGAGCAGUCCAGUUCCCAGUCUGGGGCUUGGCUCUGGGCUGGUGCAUUGUCCUGUUUAUCCUGCUCAGUAUUCCUGUCAUCGCUGUGUAUAAGCUGAUGAAAGCAGAGGGAAGCCCCUGGAAGCGUCUGAAGUCAUUGUGUUCUCCAUCCAAAGAGUGGCAUCCCUACCUGGUUGUCCAUCGAGGAGAGCGCUACUCAGAAGAACGCAGCUGCCGCAUGAAGAACCUCGAAAACAUGCCGGAAGUAAACGUAAAUGUGAUCUCUAGCUCCUGGCUCUGA